AUGUCGAUGGAUUUGGAUGCCCCAGUCCCCAUGUCGGGGAUGCGAGAGCCCAGCGCUGUUGCCACUAUUCUUUGCUGCAACUGUGGUGCGCCUAUUGAUGGAACUGUCUCCGCUGGCGCUUUGUGUCAGGAUUGUUUGAGACUCAAUGUCGACGUUUCUCAAGGUAUUCAACGCGAGGGAACUCUUCACUGCUGCAGAGAUUGCGAGAGAUGGCUCCAGCCCCCCAACAGCUGGGUUGUCGCGAACCCCGAAUCGAAGGAAUUACUUGCUGUCUGUCUGCGACGUCUUCGUGGCUUGUCCAAAGUCCGCAUUAUCGACGCCAGUUUCAUCUGGACUGAGCCUCACUCUCGCCGAGUGAAGGUCAAGAUCACAAUUCAACAGGAGGCCUUCCAGGGUACAAUCAUUCAGCAGACAUUUGAGGUGGAAUACGUCGUUGCGUCCCAGCAGUGUGAUGACUGCAAGAAGUCAUAUACCCAUAACACUUGGCGCGCUGCCGUCCAGGUCCGACAGAAGGUUCCCCACAAGCGUACUUUCUUGUACCUGGAGCAACUUAUCCUGAAGAGCGGUGCCCACAAGGAUACGGUCAACAUCAAAGAGGCCAAGGACGGUCUCGAUUUCUACUUCGCCCAGCGAAACCAUGCCGAGAAGAUGUGCGAUUUCUUGUCUUCGGUCGUGCCUUGCAAGAUGAAGAAGUCCCAGGAACUUAUUUCCAUGGAUAUUCACACCAGCACAAAGUCCUACAAGUUCACAUUCUCCGUUGAAAUUAUCCCCAUCUGCAAAGAUGAUCUUGUCGCACUUCCCAUCAAGCUUGCCCGUCAAAUCGGAAACAUUGCACCCCUCACACUCUGUUACCGCGUUGGUACCUCCAUUAACCUUUUAGACCCGACUACCCUCCAGACAUCCGACGUCCCAACAGGGGGUUAUUGGCGAAACCCGUUCAAGAACCUUGCUGAUGUCACCGAGCUCAAGGAGUUCAUCGUCAUGGAUAUCGAACCCACCGGCUUCUCAAAUGGCAGAUACCACUUGGCCGAGGCCACCGUCGCUCGCGCUUCCGACCUUGGUUCCAACGACAUCACCUACUUCACCCGCACACACUUGGGUGGAAUUCUGCACGUUGGUGACUCCGUGCUCGGCUACCAUCUCAGCGGCACUUUGUUUAACAAUGAUAACUACGAGGCCCUUGAGGCUAGCUCCCAAUACAGCUCGGCACUUCCGGACGUUGUUCUCGUCAAGAAGCACUACGCCCGCAAGAAGAAGCCCAAGAACCGUGCUUGGCGUCUUAAGCGUAUGGCCCGUGAGUACGAGGCCGAGGAGGCUGCUGGUAUCGCCCAGAAGAGCCGUCGUGAGCAGGCAGAUGCCAACAAGCUCGAGGAGGACUUUGAGACCUUCUUGCGUGAUGUCGAAGAGGAUCCCGAGUUACGGCAUACUCUGGACCUUUACAAGGUUCGCAAGGAGCGCCAGGCUGCUGAUGCCAUGGAGGAGGAUGAUGAUGACCAGAGCGAGAACGGAGUGCCGGAGAUCAACAUGGAUGAGCUGCUUGAUGACUUUGAUGAGCUGAAUAUGGAUGGAGAAUGA